AUGUCAUAUAUCUCACGAGCUAGAUCACUUCCCGAUGAACAAGUCAGAAUUGCCUCAACAAAAAUGGAUGGAAUUGGACCGGAAAAAGCCAUUCAACUUCGUUAUCGAUUAGGUAUCAGUGGGAACAUCAAGAUGAAUGAGUUCACUAAGUAUCAGAUCUACCAAAUUGAACAAAUGAUAGUGCAAGAUCAUGUUGUUAAUUGGGAAUUGAAGAGGGGAAAACGAGCAGACAUCGAACAAUUAAUUUCUAUUUCUCGUUAUCGUGGAAUUCGUCAUCGUGGAAUUUGUCAUCAAUAUGGAUUGCCCUUACGCGGUCAACGAACUCAUACUAAUGCAAGGACUGCUCGCAAGCAAAUUCGGAAAUGA